UCCGAUUAAACCUCCUGCAAGACUGGGAGAUCCGUUUCGUCGCAUCGCCGCGAGGAUGCACCUCAAAUCGUGGGCCACUCUCGGCGCGCUCUUGGUGGUCGCGGCUGUCGCUAGUGUGGAUGGACUGGAGGAAGAUGACACUUCUGAUCUCGCCGUUCUCGGAAGAAGAGCGCCUCUCGGGCCGCUCGCUAUGCUUGCCGCCCCGCUGGUGGAGAAGGGUGGCAAGGCGGCGGUGAAAGGGAUCGGAAAUUCAAUCAAUAAGAAGAAGGAGAAAAGGAGGAGACUGAAAGCUCAGCGACAGAGAGACGAGGAAGCAAAGAAGAAAAAAGCAGAGGCAGACAAAGAAUAUGAGAGCAAGGAAAAAAGUAAACGGCAGAAGAAGAAAGAAAGAAAAGAAAAAGAGAGAAAAGAAAAAGAAGAAAAAGAGAAACAAGAAAAAGAGAAAGAAAAAGAGAAAGAGAGCAAUUCGACCAAACCGAUGGAGAACGGUGGUGGUGGUAUGCACGGGGUGGAGUCACUGAACAAGGAAGGUGGUGUCGGUGGUGGCGAAGGUGGCGGUGCCGGCGAAAAGAAAUCGUUGGAGGGUACCGGUGGUGGUGCCGAAGGCGAAAGGAAAUUGACGGAGGGUGCCCAUGGUGGUGCCGAAGGCGAAAAGAAAUCGUUGGAGGGUACCGGUGGUGGUGCCGGUGGAGGCCUCGGCGAGAAUAAGUCGGGAGGUGGUGGUUUCGGUGGUGGUGAACGUGGUGGUGAAGGUGGUGGUGCCGGCGGGGGCAUGAAGACCCAUGGUGCCGGCGGUGGUGAAGGCGGCGGUGAAGGUGGUGGUGCCGGUGGGGGCACGAAGACGCAUGGUGAAGGUGGUGGUGAGGGUGGUGGUGCCGGCGGGGGCAUGAAGAUGCGUGGUACCGGCGGUGGAGAAGGCGGCGGUGAAGGUGGUGGUGCCGGCGGGGGCAUGAAGACGCAUGGUGAAGGUGGUGGUGAAGGUGGCGGUGCCGGCGGGGGCAUGAGGACGCAUGGUGAAGGUGGUGGUGAAGGUGGUGGUGAAGGUGGUGGUCUCGGUGGCGGUGAGGGUGGUGGUGGUGGUGGCGGUUUCGGCGAAAAGAAAACAAGUGAGACCGGCACACCGGAAAGUUUAUCACCGUCACCCCCCGCUGCCUAGUCACCAUCGGGUUGAUCCCUUCAUCGGAAAACUUCGACUUCAGACGCGUUGCCCUGACAACCCGCGGCUGCACUCCAAUGCCACUUCUCUGUACUCAAUGCGCACUGAUUUAAUUAUAAUUAAAUAGCACUGCAGCAGGA